AUGGAAGCCAUUGACGAUUAUGCGAAUGAGCAUCUUGCAAGGUCACUUGCUUAUACUAUCUUGGAAUUACGACAACAACAUCAUUUUAUGGCAUUGAUUCCAAUGGCUUCACAAGCAUUGAAGCAACGUAUUCGGUAUCUUCAACCCAAAAGUCAAUCUGAUGCUGAAGAAUGGAACAAGAUCAUACAAUGGCAAACUGAUAGCUGUCCUGAACAAAUAGAACACUUAUGGGAACAUGAACAUAAACAACAACAGAAAAUCUUACAUGACGAUAUAUAUCAAAAUCCAGUGUAUUACAAACGGUUCGAUGCUGAUACUUUACAUGUGGUGAUUCCUUUUACUCAACAAGAUGAUCAAAUCUUUCUAGUGAUUUUGGUAUUAGAACAAGAAUCAUCGGAUGAAAAGGAUGGUGAAACAUCAGAAGAACCAGAACUCAAAUAUCAAAAUACCAAACAAAUUUCUCUCCAGGAAUGGCAAGAUAUUGAAAACACGUGGUCUAUCUCUUUGGAAGAAGCGGAACGUUUAUUCUUAGUCAAGGUCACAAAGAAUGCUGCAAAACAUCCUCGAAAAGAAAACAAAACCAAUGAAACUAACAAGGAUGCACCUGAUGAUUAUUGGGGUGAUUGGUCCUCUGAUGAAGAUGACAAACAAACAACAAUGAUGAAUGGUGAUCGACAUAAUGAUGAAAAAGAAUCAAUGGAUUCAGAAGAUGAUUAUUAUACAAGAUGGAGUAAACAUCCAGGUACAUUGACACCAGGUAUUGAUGAUGAUGAUCAAGUAUAUGAUGAUGAUGAUGAUGACGAUGAUGAUAUUGCACCCACUCGACGACUUUCCAUGACUUUUCAAGAACAACAAAAUCAUUAUCAAAAAGCACAAGAAGAAUGGGAAGAAGAAUAUGAUCAAUCUUAUAAUCCAUUAUUUACCGUUCCCAGUGUCCCUAAUCUUGUAGACACACAUACAGCCGCUUUACAAGAACUUACUAGUAUGCUACAAACCUCUUUACCAGCCAAUCGAUCUCAACAUUUUACUCAUCCUCCAUUUACCAUGUCAUGUAUCGAUCCUUUGCCAAAAGCCAUGCAACAUCGUGUAGAAUGGAAUCAAGAAGAAGAACAAGAACAAGAAGAACAAUAUCCAAAAGAAAAGGAUCAUUAUGUCCCUGGUGCUUAUCCUAUAUCUCGUGAAUCACCCUCACCACCCAUGAUGGCUCCAUCAUCAUCUAAAAUCGAUACAACAACAACAACAACAACUUGGGAUGAACAAAAACGACAUGCUGGGAAAUUAUUACUUCGUAAAAGUAUGUCGGCCUUGAUAGGUGCUGCCAAAUUGUUAGGAUUGACUUCGGGGGAUAUUGGUGAUAUGGUCAAGGAUAUACUUCAAGAAACUGAAAAGAAUUGA